ACUCAAAAAAGUGUUGCUGAAUGAGUGAGACCUCUGCCGGCCCUCUGCCUCCAAUCCGCCAGUCCACGGUCGACGGCGGCGCCGACGAGACUGUUCAGCCCAGGAAACUGAACGGCUCCUCAGUCGACACGCCGAGCUACCACAACCUGCACCGCGAGCUGCUGCUCAGCCACAAGCGCGGCCUGCUGCUGGAGGAGAAACCAGAGCUGAAGAGAGUGCUGGAGCAGCGCAGACUGGAGCUACACAAGGAGGAGGAGAUGGCGCGACAGCGGCCCUCGGAUCUUGAAACGGAGCUGCGCAAGAGGCAGCAGAAGCUCCAAGAGUAUGAGCAGGAGGAGAUAAGGCGGCGGGAGGACCAGCAGAAGAUCCCAGAGUUUGUGCGUGUGAAAGACAACUUGAGACGCACACAAACAUUUGAGCAGUGA